UCCACAAUUAAUUUUCUUAUAUUUCACUUAUUGCUUUUUUCCGUAGUCGUUCAUUUACAAUAUUUGACUCACAUUUCACAUUGCAUCAGCUCAUAUUCGAAAGCACAUCAUAGUGCAACAGUACAUCAAGGAAGAACCCAAUUUUUUAUUAAAUGGAUCCCCGCAAACUCAAAGUUAAUGAGCUGAAGGAACAACUCCAGCUUGCUGGUUUAUCCGUCAACGGAAAGAAAGAAGAACUCGUGGCUCGUCUUCUAGAGCAUCAAAAGGCUGACGAGGACGUUGUUUCAGCAGUAGGCCCACCUACAGGAUCAGGAGAAAGCUUUGAAUGGGAUGAAAACAAGUUUGAUGUUGAUGAUCUGGCUCCUCCCGCAGAUCCAGUAUCCUCAACCAAAGCAGCGCCCUCAACAAACACAGCAGCUGUAGCGCCUGCGCCCUCAACGAAACCUGCUGCUUCACCCAGCAGCGAAUCAAAUAAAUCAACUUCAGCCAACACAAAGGCUGCUACUACACCAGCACCAUCAUCCACUAAUUCAGCCUCAAAACCAUCGACCACUGAAUCAGUCGAAUUUCAGGGCAAUGUUGGUGACAAAGAGGCUUUGAAAGCAGAAUGGGAGAAACGCAAGAACAGGGCAGCUCGCUUCGGCAUCCCAUUGACAGAGCAGGAUAAAGCUAUUGAGAGAGCUGCCCGUUUUGGUGUACCCGUUACAGCCGCAGCCACCGCUUCAUUGGCCAAAGCCGCUGGUACUUCCACCAAAGCUGCGACACCUGGCUCAAAAGGGCUCCCUAACAAACCAGGAGCUGUUUCUGUUCAGAUUCCCGAGGAUGUGUUGAACAAACGGCGGGAGCGUUUUGGAAUCCAGGCUUCUCCCAGUGCCUCUGCAACAGGCAAGAAAGUGAUCGCUGGCGUGGAUGCUGCCGAAGAGGAAAAGAAGCGCAAGCGUGCAUUGAAGUUUGGUCUUACACCAGCCGCAGAUGACUCGUCCAAGAAGCAGAAGGUCUAAUUGAGGAAUGCUCCAUCCUCAGUAACACACUGAACUAGCAAUAAAAACAAUCGGAAACCAUGCAAACCUAUUAGUCUAUAAAGGAUAGCUAUGACAUAUCAUAUAAAGAAAACGAUUGCUGGUGUGAAAUG